AACGUGAUUGAUCUGCGCACACCACGAAAGGUGGCUAAGAGGAGCGAGAAAAAAGGCACAAAAGGGAGAGAGAGAGAGAGAGAGAGAGAGGGAGAGAGAGAGAGCUUGACGGUGCCGGAUUUAGCAGCACCCCAUUCGCCGAAAUUUGGGUCCGUCACCUGGGUUUCUUGUAAUUUAGGGUUUACUUUUGUGUGCACGUCCGGGCCCGAAAAAUCACCGGGUCGUUUGCUGAGUUUUUUCUGUUGUUGGUCGUGGUGGAUUCGCCGUGAAAUGUUCACGCCGCAGAGAAAGCUGUGGUCGCUGACGCCGAGGAGCGAGCCGGGCCAGAAGAACGGGUCCGUUUCUGGGCCGGGCUCGGGCUCGAACGCUGGUGCUGCAAUCCCGAGCAACGGCGAGGCGUUGACUGAUAGGGUUUCGAAGCUCGAGAAUGAGCUCUUUGAAUAUCAGUACAACAUGGGCCUUCUGCUGAUUGAGAAAAAGGAGUGGAAUGCGAAGUAUGAAGAACUAACGCAAGCUUUAGCUGAUGCAUCCGAUGCUUUAAAAAGAGAGCGAGUAUCUCAUUCAAGUGCAAUGUCUGAAGUGGAGAAACGAGAAGAGAAUUUGAAGAAAGCUUUGGGUGUUGAAAGGCAGUCUAUGCUUGAUCUUGAGAAGGCUUUACGUGAGAUGCGCUCUGAACAUGCUGAAAUUAAGUUCAAUGCGGAUUCCAAAUUGGCUGAGGCUAAUGCAUUAGUCACAAGUGUUGAAGAGAAAUCAUUGGAGGUCGAGGCAAAGUUCCAUGCUGUUGACGCCAAACUUGCUGAGGUCAGCAGGAAGAGUUCAGAGAUAGAGAGGAAACUGCAUGAGUUGGAGGCUCAAGAAAAUGCGCUUAAAAGGGAACGUUCUCUCUUUGCUACAGAGCGUGAGGCACGUGAUACUUCUAUGUCUAAGCAAAGGGAAGACUUGAGGGAGUGGGACCGGAAGUUGAAGGAAGCAGAGGAGAGGCUAGCUGAUGGCAGAAGAUUGCUGAACGAAAGGGAGAAAAAGGCGAACGAUAAUGAUAAUCUUUUGAAGGAAAAACAGAUGGAGCUUGAAGAACUACGGAGGAAGAUUGAGAUUGAUGAUUCUGCUUUGAAGAGCAAGGAAGAAGAUAUAAGCAAAAGACACGCAAGCCUAGCUCUCAAAGAGCAGGCAAGUAUUAAUGAAGCUGUUGAUGCUAGAAAAAGAUUAGAAGAAAGAGAGAAGCAAUUACUGGAGUUGGAAGAAAAGUUGAACACCAGGGAAAAAUUGGAGAUUCAGAAACAGUUGGACGAACAUCAACGUAUCCUGACCGAGAAGCAGAGAGAGUUUGAGUUGGAGAUGGAGCAGAAGAGGAAGUUAAAUGACGAGCAGUUGAAAGACAAGGUGGCUGAGGUGGAGAAGAAGGAAGCCGAAAUCUCACACAUGGAAGAGAAAGUGAAGAAACGGGAACAGGCAGUUGAAAAGAAAAUGGAGAAAGUGAGAGAAAAGGAAACAAAUAUCGACUCCAAAUCGAAAGCUUUGAAGGAAAGGGAGAAGUCUCUUAAAGUUGAGGAGAAGAACUUGGAGAAAGAAAAGAAACUAGUGCUUGAAGAAAAGCAAGACUUACUCAGUCUCAAGGCUGACCUUGAUAAUCUUAAGGCUGACACAGAGAGCCAGCUGCUGAAAUUAAAUGAAGAGAGUGACCGGCUAAAAAUAACUGAAGAUGAAAGAACAGAAUUUACUCGUCUGCAAUCAGAACUGAAAGAGGAGAUAAGCAAAUACAGGUUCGAAAGUGAGCAACUAAUGAAGGAAGCAGACAAUUUGAAGCAAGAGAAGGAGAGAUUUGAGAAAGAGUGGGAAGAGCUGGAUAAUAAAAGAGCCCAGAUAAAGAAAGAGGAAGAGGAUGUCCUUGAACAGAAAAAUCAUCUGGAGAAACUAAGGCUGUCCGAAGAAGAAAGGCUAAACAAUGAGAAGCUGGAAAAACAAAAGUACGUGCAGAGGGAACUAGAAGCUCUUAAACUGGCUCAGGAUUCUUUUGCUGCUACAAUGGAGCAUGAGAAGUCAGUGUUGGCCGAAAAAGUCCAGAGUGAAAGGAGUCAACUGAUUCAUGAUCUUGAAGUCCGAAAACAGGAACUCGAGGCUGAAUUCCAGAGGAAGCAGGAGGAGUUAAAGAGUUCUUUGCACGAUAAGGAACAAGUGUUUGAACAGGAGAAGGAAAAGGAACUCGACAAUAUCAAUUACUUGCGGGAAGUGGCCAGAAGAGAAAUGGAGGAGGUGAGCUUGGAAAGGCUUCGAAUGGAGAAAGAACGAAGAGAUAUUUCAGAAAACAAGACGCGUAUCGAGUCUCAGCAACUCGGGAUGAAAAAAGACAUAGAAGAGCUGGUUAGCUUAAGCCAGAAGCUGAAGGAUCAGAGAGAACAACUUAUCAGUGAAAGAGAGCGUUUCAUUGCAUUUGCUGAGAAACAGCAGAACUGUAACAUAUGCGGAGAGACAAUUCGUGAGUUUAUGCUCUCUGAUCUUCAUGCUCUAACCGAACCUAGAAACCUUGAGGCCGCCCCUCCAUUGCCAAAGGUAGCAGAGGAUUAUUUGAAGGAGGCUGGGAAGUUUAAUGCUGAGUCAUCAUCUCCUGCUGUGGCUAAAUCGGGAUCUCCUGCUGCUGGUAAAACUAUGUCUUGGCUCAGGAAGUGCACCUCAAAGAUUCUUAUAUUCUCACCGGGAAAGAGACUCGAUCUCGGUUACAGUCAGGAUCUUGAAGUGGGAACUUCAAUGAGGCAAGAUGUCACCAAUUCUCCUAAAACAUCACCAAGCGGUGAAAAGGAACCAGAAUUAUUCUCGGGAGUCGCGAAUAAUUUUUCUGAUGUUCAAAUUGUUGAAUCUGAGACAGCCGUUGAGGAGUUUGGAGCUGCUCGAGCUAGCAAGGGAGGUAAGGUUAGAGAACGAAGAAUACGAGCAGUGCGUGGUUCUAAGACAAAUGGUAAUGUUGAAACCUCUGUCCAAAAAAAUGAUGAUAGAACAGAAUCUGAUCUUGGUGGAGCACCAAAGAACACCAGAAAGCGAAAUCGGCCUCAUGGAUCCCAAGCAACUGUAAGUGACAAUCAAACCGAAGGUCAUUCAGAUAGCGUCAAGGAUGGUGAGCGGCCAAGGAGGAGACAGAGGGGUCUUGCAACAGAACAUGGCCAGAAAAGAUACAAUCUCCGAGCAAACAAAAAGUCGGUAGGAACAGUAGCCAAUGGAUCUAUACCUACAGCAAGGAAGGGCAAGGGAAAGGAGGUGGACCAACCGCAAUCUGAAAAUCUUGAAGCUGUUGGAGCUUCAAGAGAAGAAAUUGAAGAACAUGGUUCAAAAAGAGUUGGGGCUGAAGAUGGUGAUGAUCAUCAUUCUGUGAGAAGCACUGCUGCUGCAGCUAGCGAGUUUUCAGCAGACAGUCCUUUUAAAAAUGCUGGUGGUGUUAAUACACCAAACACUUAUGUGGACGAUGUGGGCCAAAGUGAGGAGUGG